CAGUUCAAAGCUUUCUCUGGCCGUAACACAUAAGCUAGCUAAAUGAACAGCCGGUUUACCUGUGUUUCCUCCAGCUCUAAAAUAAACAGAAUGGAAAAUGUGCUGUUGCGGAUUGUGAAAGAUUUCCGUGUUUAAAAAAAUAACGAACCAUGUACCAACCGCCAUUGCCGCCCACGUCGGUGCCGCCACCACCUCCGCCGCCGCCGCCGCCACCGGAAACGGAAGAAGCCCUUUGUCCGCCCGGUAUAACAGCUGCUCCGCCGACCCACAGGCAUGAGCCUCCGGUUCAGCCACCAAACACCUCCCACUACACCUAUCCGGAGGCACCCAGCUCCAGCUCCAGCUACGAUGCCUAUGGCCAGCAGGCGGCAUACGGCUACGAUGGGUAUUCCUAUCCAGCGGCACCCCCAGACAAGUACUACGGUCAGGAGAGCUCUUACCAGUACCCGGGAUCGGUGUCGGGAACGUAUCCGUACGAAGGCUACAAGUAUCCGGAGCACUAUCCGGAGCACCGGCCGCCGGGCGAGAGAAUUAGGUACGGUUCCUACGGUUCCUACGGUUCUUAUGGCUCCCAGCAGGGUUAUAACCACUAUUCGGGCUACAACUACGGAAGGCGAUACGAGCCCCGCUAUGGUCACGGGUCCCGUCAACCCUCCGAGCCCCUGCAGGCACACGGUCACGGCCACUACGCGCAUCGAGCACCGAUGGGAUCCCAGCAUGGCUACUACGGAUCGUCGGCCAGGAGCACCACCAGUGAGACGUACACAUCGCGCAGCAGCUAUCGCGAGCGGGACAGGGAGAGGAGGGAGCCGGUGGUGGAGAAGCCGCGACCCAAGCCAAAGGUGGAGACCGAGAGGGAUCGGCUUUUGCGCAAGUGGUGCGCCAAUUUCUGUGAGAAAUCCGAGGACUAUGUGAAGAAAAUGAACAGCCUGCGGGAAACGGAGGCCCCAGCGGAGUCAUGGGUUCGAUCUUCGCCGGCGGAACCCUACUACGAGCGCUUCCAGGGCGAGCAUGAGGUGAAGGGUCGCGUACGCCUCCAGAAACUGUGUGACCUCUUUGACGAGGAGUUGCUGCAGCGGGCGGAUCGGGUGCGCCAGACCCUGCCCGUCUACGUGCCGCCACCGAGGAAGCCACGCCGGCGGGUCUGCAAGCAUAAGCACAAGUCGGAGGCCUGCUCCUCCUCCUCCUCCUCCGAUGAGGACUCCGACGAGGAUGCCUUUAAGAUCGAGCAGGACUGCUGCAUGGAGGAGCUGUCGCGCAAGGUGCAGCAUCCGCAGCGCGUGCACGCCGAUCUCUGGCACAACGAUGCCGGCGAGAUGAACGACGGCCCACUGUGCCGGUGCUCGGCUAAAUCCCGGCGGAUUGGUAUACGACAUGGCAUCUAUCCGGGCGAGACGGGGUACAAGGUGUGCGAUCGGAACAGCAACAAUGCCGGCAAGCUGUUUCACUACAGGAUCAGCAUCUCGCCGCCAACGAACUUCCUGACCAAGACACCGACCAUCAUCAAGCACGACGAGCACGAGUUCCUCUUCGAGGGCUUCUCCCUGCUCUCGCACGUGCAGCUCACGGAUCUGCCCGUCUGCAAGGUGAUCCGCUUCAACAUCGAGUACACCAUCGAGUACGAGGAGGAGAAGAUGCCGGAGAACUUUACCAUCCACGAGCUGGAUUUGUUCUUCAAGUACCUCUUCCACGAGCUGCUCGAGCUGGUCGACUUCAAUCUCAUGCCCAAUGCCGCCACCGAAUCCUGCCCAGCCUUUCACUUUCUGCCGCGCUUCGUGCGCGAACUCCCCGACAACGGCAAGGAGGUGCUGGCCAUGUGCGAGGUGCUCCGCUAUCUGCUGGACAACUCCGCCCAGCUGGUGGAGCGCCAGCAGCUGCUGCACCUGAACCAGAUCAGCCAGAGCGAGUGGCAGAGCUAUGUGGACUUUAUCAAGGGCAUGCUGGUCACCAAGCCGGGCCACAAGCCCUGCUCGCUCCGGGUGGACCAGCUGGACAGGAACAACUCGGAUCUGCCCGAGUGCGUGGACCGGGAGACGGGCAUAUCGCAUCCGGCAAUUGUCCAUUUCGGGAUCCGUCCUCCGCAGCUGAGCUAUGCGGGCAAUCCGGAGUACCAGAAGGCGUGGCGGGAGUACGUCAAGUUCCGCCAUUUGAUGGCCAACAUGUCGAAGCCCUCGUUCAAGGACAAGCGCAAGCUGGAGGAGAAGGAGCAGCGCCUGCAGGAGAUGCGCACGCAGGGGCGAAUGAAGCGGAAUAUCACGGUGGCCAUCAGCUCGGAGGGAUUCUAUCGCACGGGCAUCAUGUGCGAUGUGGUGCAGCAUGCCAUGCUGGUGCCUGUGCUGACUGGCCACCUGCGGUUCCACAAGUCGCUGGACCUGCUGGAGCAGAGCAUCGGCUACAGGUUCAAGAAUCGUUACCUCCUUCAGCUGGCCCUGACGCAUCCGUCGUACAAGGAGAACUACGGCACGAAUCCGGAUCAUGCCCGCAACUCGCUCACGAACUGUGGCAUCCGGCAGCCGGAAUAUGGGGACAGGAAGAUUCACUACAUGAACACCCGGAAGCGAGGCAUCAAUACCUUGGUGAGCAUCAUGUCCCGCUUUGGCAAGGAUCACGAAACGGUCUCCAAUAUCACGCACAACGAGCGGCUCGAGUUCCUGGGCGAUGCUGUGGUGGAGUUCCUCAGCUCGAUCCAUCUGUUCUUCAUGUUCCCGGAGCUGGAGGAGGGCGGCUUGGCCACCUAUCGGGCGGCCAUUGUCCAGAACCAGCACUUGGCCCUGCUGGCCAAGAAGCUGCAGCUGGAGGAGUUCAUGCUGUACGCCCAUGGAUCGGAUCUGUGCCACGAGCUGGAGCUGCGCCAUGCCAUGGCCAACUGCUUUGAGGCUUUGAUGGGAGCCCUGCUCCUGGACGGCGGCAUCAAGGUGGCGGACGAGGUCUUUACGGAUGCUUUGUUCCGGCAGGACGACAAGCUGCUGGGCAUCUGGAAGAAUCUGCCGGAGCAUCCGCUGCAGGAGCAGGAGCCGCUGGGCGAUCGCGGCUGCAUUGGUAACUAUCGGGUGCUCCAGGAGCUGACCAAGUUCGAGGACUCCAUUGGCAUCAAGUUCAAGCACAUUCGGCUCUUGGCGCGUGCCUUCACCGAUCGCUCCAUUGGGUUCACCCACCUGACCUUGGGCUCCAAUCAGCGUCUCGAGUUCCUGGGCGACACCGUGCUGCAGCUCAUCUGCUCGGAGUACCUCUAUCGCCACUUUCCCGAGCAUCAUGAGGGCCACUUGUCCCUGCUGCGCUCCUCGCUGGUCAAUAACCGCACCCAGGCGGUGGUCUGCGACGAUCUCGGCAUGCCCAAGUAUGCUGUCUAUGCCAAUCCCAAGGCCGAUCUCAAGACCAAGGAUCGCGCCGAUCUGCUGGAGGCCUUUCUGGGCGCCCUGUACGUGGACAAGGGGCUGCUCUACUGCGAGCAGUUCUGUCACGUGUGCCUGUUCCCGCGCCUGCAGCUGUUCAUCAUGAACCAGGACUGGAACGAUCCCAAGUCCAAGCUGCAGCAGUGCUGCCUCACCCUGCGCACCAUGGACGGCGGGGAGCCGGACAUACCCUACUACAAGGUGGUCGAGGCCAGCGGACCGACCAACACUCGCGUCUACAAGGUGGCCGUCUACUUUCGAUCCAAGCGACUGGCCACCUCCAGCGGCUCCUCCAUCCAGCAGGCGGAGAUGAACGCUGCCAAGCAGGCGCUGGAGAACUCCAGGGACCUGUUCCCCCAGCUGGAUCAUCAGAAGCGUGUCAUUGCCAAGAGCAUCAAGAAGCAGACGGGCAACGAGCUGGAAAACGAUGGCGAACGCCAGCAGCAGGAGGAGAAGGCCAGGCGACCCAAGUUUGCGGCACCGCUGCAGGAUGAGAGCCACCUGCCCAAGCAGUAUCGCAUGCACGAGAAUAUCUCCAGUGACGAGUUGCCGGAAGAUGGCGAUGAAGAGUUAGAAGGCGCUGCUCCAAAGAGCCCAAAGAUUCCUAUACAGCGCAAAACCACCAGCAGCAGCGGUAGCAGCAGCAGCAGCGAGAGUGAUGACUCCAGCUCGUCUCCCAAGCGACAACGUCGCCUGCGUAAGAGUUCCGCGUCCUCUGUGUCCUCCUAAGGAUCGCUUUUGGCCCAGACUUUCACAACGAAAAUCAUGGAAAAUCAUGGUUUAUAAAAUUAUAUAUAGCCCGCAAUUAUAUGAUUAUUUAAAUAAAAACAAAAAAGUAAGUCUCUAGACAUAAUUACGAUGAAAGUGGUAAGAAAUAGGUAUCUUUAACCUUUCUCUAUGUAAAGUGCUUAAGGAUAUAUAAAGUGCUAUCAAUAUUACGCGUUUUCAAAAGGA